AUGUCAACAAUCAAUGCGGCCUCCAGCAAUCCUUCCCCCUCGGCGCCAAACCAAAACGAUUUGCCUCAACCGAGCUCUAACGCUCCUUUACCUGACAACAUGGACUCCACUGAGGAUAUGUCGGCCAUCCGUCGAGGAAUGGAGAGGGGAUAUGCCCUCUCUCCGAUGUAUAGCCUUAUUAUUGAAUACAACCGCGAGCAAGGAAACAACUUCUCCACCGCGGCGGAGGUCUCUUGGAUCUUGCAACAACCCAACUUGAAACCGAGCGAUAUCAUCCUCAAAAAGGACCAUCCUGAUCCUUACACGCUAGUCGCUGUCGGAGAACCUCGAUUACGACGACUCCUCCGAGCAGUGACCGAGCUACAAACCUUCCUCGAUAGAAUGGCGAACUUGAUAGAUGAACGCAGCAACGUGUUUCGAGUCGACCCGCAAGAUACGAUGACCACCGCGCUACAAGGUUGUGAAAGCCGAUCCCAAUUGGAAGUAGCGUACUCAAUACUCCUCAAGCGUCUUUUGACGGCUCAACAGACCGUCAGCAAGUACGAGGCUCAAUAUCGGGAUGAGGACACCCCGUUAUCACCGACCUCAACCUUGCCAGAUCUAUACGACGACUUCGACAGGCUUGACGACGUAGACAGCCGAAUGAGGUACCUGCUGCAGAAGAUACCGCAUCAUCAAGGCCAUCUUAGCUCUGCGGCACAGGCGGCUGUUCAUCAAGGCCAUAGCUGGGACGUGAUACACCCCACGCUACCUCUACAACCGGAACUGCAACCUCACUCACAAGCUUUACCGCUACCGAUACCAUCCAGCGCUCCAUUCGAACCUGAUUCCUCGCGUCAAUCAAUUAAGGAGGGUAAAAAGAAGGUUGAAUGGGGUGAGGCGUCUCCUUGGGACGAGAAAUCCUCGAGCAUGGAACAGGGAAGAGACGACAACGAAGGGCUCGAACCGUCUUUCGGCUUCCAAACCCCGUUCAAGGGAGGAGUCAGAUUCUUCGACGUUUCGAACAGUCCAGACCAAUCAGCCUACUUUUCUACACCAGGGGUAGCGCCAUUGCCCGAUGUUACAGUAGGACUCGCCACGCCCUCCGUAACUCCCUUCGCCGACAACGUCAAACAAGCUAACCAACCACGCUUGGCCUUGAUGUCUUCGAAGGAUGCUCCAUCGGAAAGAAAUCCACACGCUAGACCAGGCCAAACCCCCCCCAAUAGCUUCCCAUCAUUCAAGGGAGGAUCUCCACCAGACGAUGAUCCCCCAGGAGGGGGUAGCGGAGGUAGGGGAGGUGGAGGGAACGGAGGAAAUCCAUUUCCUCCACGCGGAUCACCACGCGAUAACUCAAAUCCAAACCCGAAUCCCGGAGGACCCUACCGCCCUGGAGGAGGGAGUGGCGACCCAGGAGGAGGAGGCGGAGGAGGACCUCCGUCUGCCGAAAACCAAGUGGCCCCACCAGCUCCGUACGGAAACAUACCAGCCUCUAUCAAGACGGAAUUGAAGGUCGAACAAUUGCCCGAAUGGGACGGCAAUCAUUGGACGGCCAUCGAUUACUUCUGGGAGGUUCAACAGUUAGCCCAUCUAGGCGGUUGGAUCCCCGAAGCAUUAGGGUACUGGUUAUGGUUUCGAUUGAAGGACAAGUCACCAGUUAAAUCAUGGUUUAUUACGCUACCGUUGAACUAUCAGACCUACAUGCGUUCGCACUACCUCAAGUUUCUCAAAGGCAUCAAGGAUGGAUACUUAGGUCACCGCUGGCAACUUAGGAUGAACAAUUAUUAUAAUUCACAGCAUUUCCGAGAGAGGAAUCAUGAGAGAGAGACUCCAUCGGAAUUCAUCGUCAGACGCAUAGUCUAUACGCGCAUGCUUCUGUCCAUCAGCGGAGGACCACUUGAAGUCUUCUACAUCAUGAGGAAAGCCCCCAUAAGCUGGGGGCCCAUCCUUCUUAUAAGUAGUAUAAAAGACUCGAGCGAACUCUAUUCAUGGGUUACAGAACACGAAGAGGCACUCUUGGAGGCGUUCCGUGUUUCGAAAGGGGGUCAAGCCCCCUCGAUUGAUAACAUUGUCAGUCAGCUUAAGCAAAUGGGCCUCAUUCCGGAUAAAGACAAGGGCGGGGGCUCCUCUACUUAUCAAAGUCCCUCUACCUAUCAGGGUCCCUCUACUUAUCAACGCCGCGCUAAUCUAGUGGAGAAUUCUAACGCAAACCCUAGCAUAGAGCCUGUCGAUGAGACAGUAUCUCCUUCCGCACCGGAAAACCUCCCUGCCAAUCAAUCCUCAGAUCCUUCUACUAAUCAGCACAUCCUACGCGAAGCGUACCAGGUCCUGAAGCAACGCCAACGUCCUCCACCAGUAGGAGGGUACCCCUACGCGAAAAAUGACCACGUCACUACCAAAAUGGGUAGGUUACCCCCGUCACCCUGUAAGUGCUGUGGAAGCGCAAAUCACUGGGAUAAGGAAUGUCCCGACUGGAAUACAUACCUCGAAAAAGCGAAGCGGUCAGCAAAUAUGGCUGAGUUUUGGGCGCCAAACGAGUCUGAGAAGACCUACGUGACCGUGUAUUCCAUCUUGCUCAAUGAAAGAUUAGCUGGAGAGAUCGUCAACCAACCAUUAUUGGAAGAUUCCCUCACUCAGCAGGAUUUUAGGUCGGCAUCGUUUCUUUCACAGGCAACUGCGGAAGGAGUGAGUAAGUCCAGGAAGGGGAGUCAGGUAAGAAAGACUCGCACCACCAUGGAAGAAGUUGAGGAUGAGGAUUGGCUAGCCUACUUAGCUAAACCGAAAUCCUCAGAGUUUUUGAUGGAGGAAGUGAAGCAAGUGAAAGAAACCCUCGUCUCCCGAACGAACAGUGAAGAGGAAAGAGUUGAACCGAAUUUUAGGUCUCCCUCUGCACGACCUGAAAAUGAGACGAAAGAGACGGAAGAGAUCCCUCCCACAGAGUCUUCUGAGUGGCCAGGACCUCCCAUUCCGGAUAUCAGAGUCCGUCUGAAAAAGAAACGUUUCGCCCCGGCCGGCGCGUCUGCAGUGGGGGUAUCCGUAGUAGCUGUCCAAGGAUGGGUGGGAUCCACUAGAAACAAACCGAUCGACAUCAGGUUGGACUCAUGUGCAGACGUCACCUUGAUUUCGCAGGAAUACCUCGAAAGUCUACAAGAUCGGCCACCCUGUCAGAAUGGAUUGAAGAUGAACUUGUGGCAGCUUACUGACAAAGACGCUACGCUUCAGGGUUACGUUCGAAUACCGAUCUUUUUCGUGUCCUCAGAUGGCAUUCUCUUGGAGACGGAAGCAGAAGCCUACGUAGUCCCGAACAUGACGGUUCCCAUCCUGUUGGGAGAAGACUACCACGUUAACUAUGAACUUAUAGUUGCCCAUAAGGUUGAUUUCCGCUCCGUGGUCAAUUUUGUGGGAGUUCCCUAUUCGGUCCCAGCUCGAGGAGUCAGUAGGACGAAGGACUUCGGGAGAAUGCGUCAAAGCACCUGCACGACGGCAAGUUUCAUUAAAGCCAGACUCCAUAAGCGGAACAAGGCAAGGAAGGCGAGGAAAAUUAAGAGUUUUGGCAUUGAAAAAAGGACGGUCAGAGCAGCUGAAGACUAUCGCCUUCGCCCGGACGAGUGCCGCCGAAUUAGAGUAGAUGGUCACUUUGAAGAGGAUAAGGAAUGGCUGGUCGAAAAGAACUUGUUAGCUGCUGCCGACGAUUCGACUUUUGUCGUACCUAACGUGCUUAUUUCCGCGUCGAAUCCCUGGAUUCCAGUCUCUAACCCAUCGCCUCACCCAAAAGUGAUCAGAAAAGGAGACGUGGUGGGAUACUUGACAGAUCCACAAGAAUACUUCGAUGCUCCUCAGACUUCACAGGGUCUUGACAAGCUUGUAAAGAUGGCCGAGGCUUUGGUGACAAUUAUAGCGGUUUCUUCGAGCGACUCGAACCAGACCUCGUCGACGUCAGAGGAGUCUGAGAAACCGUCAGAGCAGGCAGAGCCCAGCCUAGAAAAGGAAGUCAGCGAAGAAGAAGAACCAGAAGCGUACGGUCCGAAAACAGCUGAGCUCCCAGACACAACGGAGUAUCCUUCUUUGAGGAUGCGAGAGUUCUUGGACGUAGGGUCUUUGCCGGAGCAUUUGCAAGAACGAGCCUGGGAGAUGCUAGAGAAACGGAAGAAAGCAUUUGGGUUCGAUGGGCGCUUAGGCCAUCACCCGAGUAAAGUCCAUAUUAGGACAGUCGACGGACAAGUGCCAAUCGCCGUCCCAAUAACCAUCAAAGAGUCCGUGGAGUGCCCCCGUGGUCAUAGCCUACCGGAACGGCAAACCACGGUUUUGCGUCGACUAUAG